AUGGCCCUGGGAAGAAGCAUUGUGGAAGGUUGGACCUUGGAAAGAUCUGCAGUGAAACAGGUCUUCUGGUUCCUGAUCUGCAGCUGUGUCUGCUCCUGUGUCUGCUGGGGAGUCUCUGUCCCAGAGCAGGGAGGAGGGCAGAAGGCUGGAACAUUCUCCUGUCUUAGCAACAGUGUUUUCAGGAUUGACUGCCACUGGUCAGCUCCAGAGCUGGGCCAGGAAUCCAGGGCCUGGCUCCUCUUUACCAGUAACCAGGUGGCUGACAUCCAGCACAAGUGCACCUUCUGGGACAGCAUGUGUACCCUGGUGCUGCCUGAGGAGGAGGCGUUCUUGCCUUUUGACAACUUCACCAUCACACUGCACCGCUGCAUCAUGGGACAGGAGCAAGUCAGCCUGGUGGACUCACAGUACCUGCCUCGGAGACACAUCAAGCUGGAUCCGCCCUUUGAUCUGCAAAGCAAUGUCAGCUCCGGGCGUUGUGUCCUGACCUGGGGUAUCAGUUUUGUUCUGGAGCCCUUGAUCACAUCCCUCAGCUACGAGCUGGCCUUCAAGAGGCAGGAAGAGGCUUGGGAGCAGGCCCGGCACAAGGACCGUAUCGUUGGAGUGACCUGGCUCAUCCUUGAAGCUGUCGAACUGAAUCCUGGCUCCACCUACGAGGCCAGACUGCGUGUCCAGAUGAUGUUAGAGAAUUACGAUGACAAGACAGAGGAGGAAUAUUAUAAGAGCCAUUGGAGUGAGUGGAGCCAGCCCGUGUCCUUUCCUUCUCCCCGGAGGAGACAGGGCCUCCUGGUCUCACGCUGGCAGUGGUCAGCCAGCAUCCUUGUUGCUGUGCCCAUCUUUCUUCUGCUGACCGGCCUUGUCCACCUUCUGUUCAAGCUGUCACCUAGGGUGAAGAGAAUCUUUUACCAGAAUGUUCCCUCUCCCGAGGCGUUCUUCCAUCCUCUCUACAGUGUGUACCAUGGGGAUUUCCAGACCUGGACAGGGGUUCACAGAACCAGACCACAAGCAAGACAGGAUGGUGUCAGUACUCCAUCAGGAGGCUCAGAGUCCAGCAUCUGGGAGGCCAUCGCCACACUCACCUAUAGCCCAGCAUGCCCUGUGCACUUUGCCAGCCUGAAGUGGGAGGCCCCAGACCCUGGCUUCCUGGGGCCCCCAGGUUCAGAGCAUGUGCUGCCAGCAGGGUGUCUGGAGUUGGAAGGACAGCCAUCUGCCUACCUGCCCCAGGAGGACUGGGCCCCACUGGGCUGUGCCAGGCCCCCUCCUUUAGACUCAGACAGUGACAGCAGCGACUAUUGCAUGUUGGACUGCUGUGAGAAAUGCCACCUCUCAGCCUUUUCAGAACACACCCAGAGUCCUGAGCUCACACUGGCUCAGCCUGUGGCCCUUCCUGUGUCCAGCAGAGCCUGACACCUACCAAGGGCUGUGGGC